AUGCCAACCAAAUCGGCAUACGAUAAAAUUGCUUUACGGCAAAUUUUAUCGGAUGCUGCUUGCCGUGCUAUUGAUGAUAACGGACGUCUCCUUCCACCUUCCCAUGCGGUAUAUAAAACAAUUUCAAAUAUGAUGGCGGAUAAAGGGUCGGCGAUCACGCCCAAGCACAUUUAUACUAUUAUCAAUAAUAAUCGUGCUGGUUUUAGAGAUCUUAUCAUGGAAGUUUUCGAUAUUCGAGAGCGAGAACUGAGCAUCUCUGUUAAUGAUGGUAAUUACAGCAACGAAAAGUGUGCAGACCAGACCAAA